AUGUCCAUCACCAAAAUGAAAUUGAUACACAUUCUAUCAUCCUGCUUUUUGGUGUUUUCUAUAUGCUUACAAGCUGUAAACUCACAGCCAUGGAAUCCUCAACUUGAGAAACUGCUUAAAAUGCACAACGACUACAGACAUAUGUUAAUGGAGUGUAAGGUGGAAGGACAACCCCCAGCUAAGUAUCUUCCAGAUCUUAAAUGGGAUAAUGAUCUUGCAUCUUAUGCGCAGAGUUUAGCCGAUGAAUGCUAUUUCCACCAUAAUGAUGUCCACUUAUCGAAAUACAAGUAUGUCGGUCAAAAUAUUGCAGGAUAUCAAACAGUUGAGAAGGCUAUGUAUGAAUGGUUUAUUGAAUAUAAGGAUUAUACUUUUGCAACAGGCUACUGUAGUCGUAUCUGUGGACAUUAUACUCAAGUAAGUCUUGUUAAAUGGAACAUUAGGUAUUUUUUGGUCUCAGUAAAAUAUGUGAGUAAAUAUUAUGCAGUACUAUAUCAUUGUAAUGUGCAAUGUAUAAACUUUAUGAAAGACCUUUAAAAUUCUUGAGCAUCCUUAAUUAACUAAGAGGGUACAUUUGAUGAUCUUUUAGUAUUAUUGAAAUAUUUUGUAGAAAUUAUUUAGUUUUCUUUACUGUCAUCAAGAUAACUUGCUUGAGUAAAGGAAUGGUAAGCUAAUGCUUACUUAAAUCUUGGGCUACCGUAAAGUUUCCACGCAAAAAUUUAUUUAAAUUCUUCUCUUUAAAUUAUUUUUAAACCUUCAAGUUCAUCAUGUACUCUUGUACACUUUUUAAAUGAUUUCAAACUGGUGUUUUUUUCAAUCUAACAACAAAACAAAGGGAAAAGUUUACACUGGUGAGAUAUAGGCUUAAAAAUGCAUUGAAAUACUUUACAUUACUGUUCUUUGGAUGACUAUGUAGAGUUGCAGAUCUUGGUGCUAACUAAAUAAACUACGACCAGCAAAAUCAAGCUGGAUUUUCUAUUCAUUCACCUGUCGAAACCAGAUGUUAAUGUAAUACCAGGUGCCUGUUUCACAUUGUGGGUUAAAUUACUGUUAUUGUUAACAUAAUUUAAAUACAAUGACUAUUUAGCUCGAAGUUAUUGUGCAAGGAAUGAAUUUACUGGAUUAAAAAAUGCUAAACAUUCCACUUUGUAUCCCACGUAUUGAUUGGGGUGAAGGAAUUAUUUUUAUUGUUACUAUCAGUACUAGUAGCGUAAUAUAACAUUCUUCAUCUAGUCUCUACUUAUCCAUAUUCCAAAUUCUUGGGAAUAACCAUGUAAAAUGGUGUGACUAUUUUCGUACUGUAAGCCAUAUACUCACUGUAAAAUCUGAAGCUAUUGGUUGGUACAAGAUACACACCGACUAGUCAAAACUCAAGGGAAACGUGCUACUUAAAUUGUGCAUCAAAAACACCGAUUACAGGAAUCUUUAUUCUUGGUGCAUAUACGCAAAAACUGCUCAGCUUAACAACAAUUAUUCGUUGCAAAUAAAUGAAUUAAAAUUAGCAAAUUAAAAGGAUAAUCUGAAUAAAAUAAGCUAGACAUGUGUUCUACCAUGACAUUCUUUACGAACUGUUUCCAGUUCCUUCAGAAUAGUUUAUGCUAGAAAUCAGUGUUUAAAAGCAUUUUAGUCCCGUGUGAGAAGAUAACUCGAAACAUUAAUGAACGAAAAUAUGAAUCCUCGUUUGUUUUUAAAUCAGUUAAGUAGACUUUUCUACUUUGAGCACUAAAACUAGCGUAAAACAUAGGAAUUUUGAUUGUGUAUCACUUGAUGUUUGUAAGUUUACUAAAUGAGAAACACAGAAGUUGUAUGUGCAGGCUGCGGGAUAACUUUACAGAUGUCCGAAGUUGAGUAUUUCUCCUUUGACAUGUUCAUGAAAUGUAUAAGCUGACAGUUUUUGACUGACUUUGUAAAAUUAUUGGUGAGAAUUAGUGAAUACAUACACACCUCAUUAUGCAAUACAAUGAAACACUGAACAAUCGUAUGGUUGGAGUACUCACCUUACAACUGAAUUCGUCCACAUACUGGCUAAAUCGUAUUUCAAUAAUAUCUCGUUCCAUACUUACUGAUAUCCUUUAUUGCACUACCAGAAAAAGGUUAUGCAGAGUGUACUGUUAAAUUUACAUUACAUUUACCCUUGUGAAUAAAACAGGAGCAAUAAAAAACCGGAAAGGAUUUAUUUAUUUAGAAAAAAAAGUUUUAUCAAUUUUAUUACAAUGAAAUGUUUACUUUAAAAACAACUACUGUUUUUAGUUGGUUUGGCAGAACACAACUCAUGUUGGAUGUGGUGUAAGAGACUGCAAAGGUACAUCUUUCCCAUAUGGACUAUCCGUUGUUUGCAAUUAUGGUCCUGGGUAAGCAAAUAUGAUUAAUUGCGAUAGUUAAUAAAUCGACUCAUAAAUUAUUGAUAACAUUUAAUGAAUAAAUACAAUAAUCCACUUCACAUCUGAGAGAUACACAUCAAAGUUUUGUAAAAAUUACUAUUCUUAAUAACUUGCAGGCAAUAAGUAAUGAAAAUGCUUUCUUCUCUAACUAUUUUUUAGUGGUAAUUAUGACGAUGAAAAGCCUUACCAAACAAAGUCUAGUAGUGAAUGUCACAGAACACCAAUUCCAUCUCACACAACCGCCAAGCCAUCAGUGAUCAAAACAGCUCGUACACCAUCAGUUAUAAAGAAACUACCAAAACCAAACUGGACUACACUUUUACGUACCUGGAAUGAAUAUAUCCAAUCGAAGAAACUCACUGGAACUGUGAAACAAACAUGUAUUUGUAUUGAGUGAAAUCUAUCAAAUGAGUUUUAUGGUUCUUGUGUUCUCCCUUUUCCAUUACUCGUGUUCACCACUUGAAAUGAUCAAAUUUUUAGUCAAAAUAUAACAUUUGAAGUUGAA